CAGAGGUCGGACUGCCAGGACCCACACCGGUCCUCGAUAGAGUCUGCACACCCUCAGCAAGACUAGAUCAGCGGGGAAGGAAGAUCUUCUUCGCUGAAAAGAUGGACUGCACUGAAAGGAGCAGUACAAGUUUGCACCUUCAAGCAUGGAGGCGCAAAUGCAGUGGCUUUUAAUUGCAGUUUUUCCUCGCAUCUUUCUGCUGUGGUUCUGAAAGCGCAGAGGAGAACACUGGGGGGACUACCUGCCCCUCUGCAUGGCCGUGGACAAGACACUGUUCUUGGCGUCUUUGGAAAGUGUCUCAAAGCUUCUCCAAGAGUGACGUUCCGCUCUUUUCACCGCAAACUGGGCUACGGAAUGAGUGCACCGACUGCGCCAGUCGUUUCAGUGCUGACUGCGACAUAACGGUCUUGGGAAGGGACACACUCAGAGCACAACCCCGUUCAUCUUGACAUGUCCAUCCCGCUUUUGUCUUCUGAAAGAUCACAUCCUUUGCAUAUGAAGCAGUAGAAGACAAGUGAGAGAGAGCUCGCAUCAUCAUCAUUCCUGGUGCAUCAUGGGUACCGUACUGUCACUGUCACCCGGCUCACGGAAGUCAGGCUACUAUGACAACCGUCCUGGCUCACUGAGCCACUACCCAAGCCUCAGCAGCCGCUCUCUCAACAGUCAGAAAGAGCGAGGACUAAAGAGGGGCCAGUCCAUCUUCCUCCCGGUGCUCACGUGGAAGCGACUGGUGGCCUCCACCAAGAAGAAAGGGAAUGCCAAGAAAAGCUCCAAUGUUCCAGUUGCCCUCGGUGACCCUCUCAACAACAACAACAUAAACGUUUACCAAAAGGAUCCUGUGCUGCACCUCAACCGUGAGAAUGUGAGGAAGUCUUUGUCGUGUGCCAACUUGUCCAACUACGAGGUCUCAGCAGGCCUGGGCCUGGGGCUCGGCUACGGCCUGGGACUGGGUAUGGGUCAUGGAUAUGGUUACAUGAAACCCCAGCAACUUUCCUCAGUGAAAAAAGUUCCCCAGGGGACACUGACCACAUCCCCUAAACGUGUCAUCGUCCAGGCGUCCACCAGCGAGCUGCUCCGCUGCUUGGGGGAGUUCUUGUGUUGUCGCUGCUACCGCCUCAAGCAUCUGUCCCCGGCUGAUCCGGUUCUCUGGCUGCGAGCCGUGGAUCGUUCGCUGCUGCUGCAGGGCUGGCAGGACCAGGCCUUCGUCACGCCUGCCAACGUGGUCUUCGUCUACAUGCUGUGUCGAGACGUCGUGGACGGCGACUUGGUAGCAUCGGAGCACGAGCUUCAGGCCAUCCUGCUCACCUGCCUCUACCUGUCCUACUCUUACAUGGGCAAUGAAAUCUCCUAUCCGUUAAAGCCCUUCCUGGUUGAGGCAGGUAAGGAAGCCUUCUGGGACCGCUGCCUGGCCAUCAUCAACGCCACCAGUUCCAAAAUGCUGCGCAUCAACGCAGACCCUCACUUCUUUACGCAAGUAUUUGCCGAACUUAAAAGUGAAGGGAGCUGUGUUCCUCAAGAUUACAGUAGGGUUCUGGAUCGGUGAGAGGAGCUUCGGUUGCACUUUCUUGCCCUCAGCAAGCUUUUUUUUUUAUGCUCAUGCGCACAGGCACACACUCUAAUUCAUGCAGAAACAGCCAUAUUUAAAUAUUUCGUGUCGUAUGUUGGUUGCCAAUGUCCCUUUCAUGUAGAAAUUUGAGAUUCACACACUAGAUUGGACUUGACAACUAUGGCAUGUGUGUUAUUUAAGGAGAAAUGUAGCAAAAUGCAUCAAAAUUUUUUGCCCUAACCCCCAACAAAUACCUAUGAAACCUCCUUCGGGAAGCUCAUAAUUGGAGUCCCGUUUGUGUUGUUUACCUGCAAAAUCUGCGUGCGUUUACUUGAAUUUUCGGAGCCAUUUGCUCCACUUGGCCCUUCAAACAUUGCGCGGCAUGCGUCUGCCUCCAGUUGUCUCAGCUGCCUCUCUGGAUCAGCACAAGCAGGCAUUCCCUCAGCAUCCCCAUGCACCUCUUUGAAUGUGAUAAAUCAGCGUGCACGGCGCAGACUGGAGGACGCCAUCCCCUCGCUCUUUCUCUCUUGCCGAGCACCAUCAUGGAUUUCCAGUGGUCGAAUUCUAAACAUCCAAGCCGAUUGGAUUGACAUUUUCAUCAGACUGAAUAAUAAAAUGUGCUACAGACAGUUUAAUCCGCCUUAGUUAGAUUUUCCUGGACAAUGGAGAGAUCCCGACCAGUCAGCAGAGAGAACGGACCCGGAUUGAUGGGAACAGCUGCAUGUCGGUACCAUGCAGGUCCUGCUGUGUAACAAACUGCUUGUGUUUAGUCUAAAGCCUUUUGUGGGUCAUCUAUCCAGAGGGGACAGUUGCCUAUUUUUAUUCUAAUCAAACUCACCAAUGAGCUUUUCUGUGUUUACUUAUCUAAGUAGUUUUGUGGUGAAGCCUGAUUUAGGAUGUGAGCGGAAGCCUGUUGUGCUGUGGACAACCGCCAGGGUCAUCAGCUGUUUAGCCCGUACUGUGUUCCCUUGCCUCUUGUUGACAGACUGCCACAGCCCGGGUAUUAAUUAGAUUACCAGAUUAUUACAGCCCCACCCUCUCCCUCAUGACCACCCCUUCUUGUCCACUCGGCAACCCCUGCGGAGUUGGGCCCACUAAUCCAGGCCAUGCUGGAUAGCAAGCAUUUAAAUGCCUUGUCAUGUGCGCUCUACGCUGAAUAAAAGUGUGACACACGUGCACCGCUCAAGGUCCAAUAAGAGCUCAGUAGUGCAGAAUUUGGCUUCCAUGUCGCAUGAGUGUGCCGGACAUUCUCAUCUGUCAUGUAGAGGCUCAAGAGGACAGCGAGUUCAUUAGUCUCUUGUUAAAUUCUUCCUUGGGAUGAACCAUUGGCACUUGUGCUCUACUGACUUUAAUCCCAAAUGUGAGCUUCAGUGUGCGCUUUAGACCUAGCAGCACAAGCGGCUAAAAAAAUAUAUAUAUAUAUAUUAUAAAAGAUUAUUAUAUAUAUAUGUAUAUGUAAAUUUAGAAGUAUGUAUAUAUCAUGAUAUAUUAUAAUUAUAUAUAAUAUGUGAUAACUUAAUUACACAUUUCAAACUAAUUAUAAAGAAAACGUAGUAGGAAAUUAUGCACAAUACGCCCCCAGUGUACAAAAGUCAUGGAUCAUAGUGAGUAAAAUUGUGAAACAUCUUGCAUCCGCGGCUUUAUCCGGAUUGUCACCAAACUGUAUUGGUUUUUUUUUUCUUGCCACGCGCCGAGACAAUUGCAUGGAAGUUGGUUGCAAAUUGGGGCCCGAAGCAGAAUUCAUCACAAAAUGACUGUCACAGAGAGGGGCAACCCCCCUCCAGGAAUUCUAGACCCCAUGGGGAAAAAAAGGGCAGCUGUGAUCGCCGCAUACCUGGUCCAUUCAAAGUUACGUGUAUUAUAUACAAACACAUGUUCAACAAAUGAUUUGCACAGCAAAAUAACACAUUAACAACAUUUUUUAAAGACAAGCCCCGGCCCACUGCCUUUAAAGGCAGCAGCUGUACCAUUACACCACCAGGGACUGACAGGUGAGUUCUGCCAUUUUACUCUCUUAUGAGGCGUAUUAUUUGCGCAUUUGCCAUGAAUGCGCCCCCUCGCGCCCUGCACACGGCGCAUGUUCUGCAUGCAGGUCGGGGCAGCCCUGAUUGGUUGUAUUUAAUUUUAAUUUAACUGCUCUGAAAAAGGUCAUUGGUGGUGACCCAAUACUUUGGAACAGUAAUAAUGUAUGCCCCUUUGACAUAUUGCUGUUGUUCUGCCACGUCCUCUCCCCCCAAAUUCAUAUGACAAGACACACAGUUUGACCUUAACACACGCAAACAAACACUGCGGCGCACAUCCCCUCAAUGGGUAAUCCAGCACUAAUCCUCCUGCCCAAUCAGAUAGAGAGACGGAGCAAGGGAUGACAAGAUGAGGGUGGGGGCGGGGUGGUGGUGGGGGGGGGGGUGCAAUUCUGAGAUUUUUGUGGCACACGGGUGUUGCAGUUUUUGACCUUCGGCCCAGCCUUCAAAUCCUCGUCUUAACAAAGCGAAGGCCACAGAGGCCCAAAGCUGCCUAUUGUGGGUCCUGUUGGGAGUCUAGCUCGCCUGGCUUGGCGUACGCCUGAGGGACCUCACAUGAGUCACAACAGUCAACCAGAGACGAGUGACAGCGUGAUUCACACACAGAGAAAGAGAGACUCCUUUUCUUGGCCUUCAAAUGGCAGCCAUCUUGGGCUUAUUGUUGCCUGUGCACCCCCACUCCUUUGCACAUCUUUGACAAGGACACUUGUGUUUUGCCUCACUCCCUCCUUCCUCUUCCAUCCCCACUCAGCUGUUCAUUAGAUUUGACACCCCAACCCCGCCAGCCCUUGUCAGGACACAGAAAGGGCAGAGUUGUUGGCAUGUGAGUCGUCAUAUUUGUUUUUACCCAGAGAGAACAAAGUGAAAUGUAACAUAAUUAAAUGAGAGGACGGCGUGCAUUGAGCUCCCUAAUGAUAUUUACUUGUGACUUCCUGAAUUAUGACUGACCUUACUGUGCACAUUUAGUCUCACUAACAAUUGGCUCAUUUGUCAAAGCUUUUUAGUGGAAGACACACUAAAUGAGCCGUGUACUGUGUCAAAUGUGACAACAAAAAAGGCAACUGUCCCCUCUUUAAGUACCUCUGCCCAAUCACCACCGGCGCUGCAUCCGGUACCUCCAAUUGUUCCUCAGAGCGGAGCAAAUUAAACGGCAUUUCAGCUGGAGCGCUAAUUCACUUCAUCCAAUCAAAGGCCACCGAGAUCUACCUGAAGGACAGAAAACACAUGAUGCCUGCGGUACAUCGUGAGGACUUCAUGGUUUGUUGGGCUCCUGUAAACGCGACCUGGAUGUGACUUAACAAAUAAGGCGGCAGAGCUCAGAGCUUGUGUGGACAAUGUGUAAUACAUGUGGGCUUGUUUACCUUACAAAAAUGGUCACAACUACUUCUAAUUGAUGAAAUAUUCCUCGAUAUGAAUUGUGCCUGUUUCCACGACAGAUGAACACAUUCUCAAUUAGUCAACUCAAUUAGUACGUCAACUUGUCCUGGAAAAUGCGUGUUUUUUAAAAAAAUAUUCUUAAGUAAAAUGUAGAAUAGAAAUAUCAGGUAAGUGGCCACAGCUCUGUGAGUUGUGUUAUGGUUAGCGUGACUUAAAUUGGUGACCAAUGUAAAUAUGCGGGGGUGCGCCAAAAAAUUCAAUAAAACAAAGUAUGGAGAGGAAAAAAUAAAUACUGUUGUUGUGUAGUAGAGCGCAUGUUGGCUGGUAGUUUAGACAUGUACUGUAUUUUUUGGUCUUUCUUUUUUUACUUGCUCUUGUUCUGUUGGCUUUUUAUACGUAAUGAAAUAUUAUUAUUACUAUUUGUUUAUUUAAAACUGCUGGUUUAACUGUCUUCAUAAUGACGGAAUGCUGAGAAGAUUCAAGGCAAGCAUGUGAGGGGGGUUUUUUGUUCAGAUCUGACGAACCUCACUGGCCCCUUUAAAGUCAUGCAUAUUAUCGAACUGAUCGAGUUAAAGGCUAUCAAUAGCUUUCCCCAUUAAUGCACCAGAUCGGGACACAAAGGCGGCCAUUGUACUUGCGGUGUUUGCCGCAGGCGGCUCCAGUCAGCCUCCACUCAACAGAGAUUGUGGUUUAAACUCCUUUUUAAUAUUUCACAGCUUCCUUUAUGGCAGCAUCAUGUGUGUGCCGGGGCAGAUGUUACAACAAAGACAAGUAUAUACAGUAUAUUAAUGUGAUUGUUUAGAACAUUCUGAACGUUCAUAAAAAAAAGCAUGUCACUCUAAACAAAAUGGGGGAAAACUGGACGACAAAACAUGCAUUCAGACUUUUGUUGUUUUCCUUUUUCAUGCUGAUGUUGAUUAUUUAAUAAAGUAUUGAUAUGAACUGUUAA